AUGACCGAUGCGAAAAAUGAUGUGAACGGAUCUACGGUGGUCGACGACGACGGCUUGAUCGAGGUCCGUUAAAAAAAACUAUUGAUUUUCAGUUCGAUUUAUCGAUUUUCCUCUUUCAGGGAAACUAUGAUGAAGUCGUCGAAUCCUUCGACGAUAUGGGGCUCAAGGAGGAGCUCCUCCGCGGAAUUUACGGAUUCGGUUUCGAGAAGCCGUCUGCCAUCCAAAAGCGUGCCAUCGUUCCGUGCACCAGCGGAAAGGACGUGAUCGCUCAGGCGCAGUCCGGAACCGGAAAGACCGCCACUUUCUCGGUCUCGAUUCUCCAGAGAAUCGAGCACACCGACCCGCACGUUCAGGCUCUUGUCAUGGCCCCAACUAGAGAGUUGGCCCAGCAGGUAACGAGCAAAAGGGAGGGAACUUGCUAAGUUUCCGAGCUUUCAGAUCCAAAAGGUUAUGAGCGCGCUCGGUGAGCACCUCAACGUCGCCAUUCUUCCAUGCAUCGGAGGAACUAGCGUUCGUGACGAUCAGCGCAAGCUCGAGAACGGAAUCCACGUGGUCGUCGGAACUCCGGGACGUGUCGGAGACAUGAUCAACCGCAGCGCCCUGGACACCUCCAGAAUCAAGAUGUUCGUGCUCGACGAGGCCGACGAGAUGCUGUCGCGCGGAUUCAAAGACCAGAUCUACGAUGUGUUCUGCUCGAUGCCGAACGACGUGCAGGUCAUUCUGCUCUCGGCUACCAUGCCGGUCGAGGUGCUCGCCGUCACCAAGCGUUUCAUGCGCAACCCGAUCCGCAUUCUGGUCAAGAAGGACGAGCUUACCCUCGAGGGUAUCCGUCAGUUCUACAUCAACGUCCAGAAGGAUGUAAGUUUACUUUUAAAAAAACCAGAAGUUUGCACGAAGUGGGUGUUCAGGAUUGGAAGUUCGACACGCUCUGCGAUCUGUACAACGUCGUCAACGUCACCCAGGCGGUCAUCUUCUGCAACACUCGCAGGAAGGUCGACUUCCUCACCGAGAAGAUGACGGCCAACUUGUUCACCGUGUCGUGCCUCCACGGAGACAUGGACCAGGCGGAGCGUGACACCAUCAUGCGCGAGUUCCGUUCCGGAUCCUCCCGUGUGCUCAUCACCACCGACAUCUUGGCUCGUGGUAUUGACGUCCAACAGGUAAGAAAUAGGUAGAAGUUGAAUUUUUACUGUAAACAUGUAAUUUUCAGGUGUCCCUGGUUAUCAACUACGAUCUGCCAUCGAACCGCGAGAACUACAUUCAUCGUAUCGGACGUUCGGGACGUUUCGGUCGCAAGGGAGUCGCCAUCAACUUCGUCACCGACAACGACGCCCGCCAGCUAAAGGAAAUCGAGACCUACUACACGACCAACAUCGAGGAGAUGCCGGAUUCGAUCGCCGACCUCAUCUAA